CGUCCGCCUGCCUGCCCGUCCAAGUAGAAAUGCUGGCAAAACACCCCCUCCUCAUCUUGUUGAAAAAAAUGGCGGACAAGCGGUAAAUCUACGUUUGAAAUACAUUUCUACCUUACAAAGCAAGCUUUGAAAACAAGGAGCGGGGUCGCUUUAAUUCGGACGCCAUCCCCCUUGGCGGAGGAAAAAGGCGCAUUUCUAUUGAAAGGGGAAGAGAGAGGCUGUCCAACGGUUAUGAAGUUUUAAGAGGAGAACACUGGUGUGUUAGCUGGUCUAAAUUGUUGGAGCAUGAGGAAACCUGUGCCACAAAAAGCUCUAGAAUGGAAAGAUGCCCGAAUUAUCAAGCAUGCUCGGAGUGGACGGCCCUCCCGGGUGCCCUCACAGUACCAAGCAGGGCACUUCAGCUGGGAGAAAUACUUGAAAGAAACGGGUUCUACUGCCGCUCCUUCUUCAUGUUUCAAACAGAGUCUGACUCCUCCACUUAACGAGUUCAAGGUUGGGAUGAAGCUGGAAGCCCAGGACCCCAGGAACACCACGUCCACCUGCAUCGCCACAGUGGUUGGCCUGACGGGCUCACGACUGCGACUGCGCCUCGACGGGUCGGACAAUAAGAACGACUUUUGGCGCCUGGUGGAUUCCUCGGAGAUCCAACCGAUUGGCAGCUGUGAAAAAAGCGGAGGCAUGCUCCAGCCACCACUAGGUUUCCGUCUCAAUGCGUCUUCCUGGCCCAUGUUUCUGCUGAAGACAUUAAAUGGGGCUGAAAUGGCUCCCUCUCGCAUUUUUCACAAGCAGGAGCCUCCCGCUCCAGAGCAAAACUCUUUCCAGGUGGGAAUGAAGCUGGAGGCGGUGGAUCGGAAAAAUCCACACUUUAUCUGCCCGGGGACGGUCGGCGCAUUGCGUGGAGUUGAGGUGCUGGUCACCUUUGACGGAUGGCGUGGAGCCUUUGAUUACUACUGUCGCUAUGACUCGCGGGACAUAUUCCCAGUUGGCUGGUGUGCCCUCACUGGAGACAACCUUCAACCGCCUGGCACCAAAGCUGUGCUGCCAAAGAGCCUCGGGACACCGACAGAAGGUAGUGUGGAAACCCCAGCAAUGAAUCCCACCCCGACGGUGGGCAGACCUCCAGGUCAGAGAGGUCGGAAACCCGGCCGCAGGAAAACAAAAAUCACGGGACCCUGGAGCCAAAAGUCUUCUACGUUGGUAUCGCAGAGCAUCCAGCCAGGAAAGGAUUUGGAGCCCAUCAAGAUCCCCAAAAAACGAGGUCCUAAGCCAGGCAGCAAGCUGGGAUGGGGAAAGCGAGAUGGCUGGUUUGAGGACUCUCUGACCGGUCCGGGACGGCCAGUAGCUGGACCAGGGAGAACCAGAGGCAGACUGCUUGCUAGUUGGGCUCAGAGGAUCGCUCUGCAGCAGGCCCAGGCCCAAGCCCAGGCAGAACCAGAACCAGAACCAAUCAAGAUUCCAAAGAAACGAGGGCCCAAACCUGGCAGCAAGAGAAAACCACGAGUUCUUCCUAAUCCAGUCCCAACGUCUCCCACCAGCAGCACUCCAGAGCCGGACACCAGUACUGUACCCCAAGACAACGCAACUAUUCCCAACUCUGCACUUCAGGCUCCCACUGUUUGUGUUUAUCUAAAUAAGUACGGUAAGGUGGGACCUCACCUAGACCAGCGGCGCAUUCAGCAGCUGCCGGACCACUUUGGCCCGGGCCGAGCCUCCUCAGUGCUGCAGCAGUGCGUCCAGGCCUGCGUGGACUCUGCCCACAACCAGGCUACAGUCUUCUCCUGCCUCAAGUCGGGACAAGGAGGCGAGGUCAUUUCAGCCUUCUUUGACCAGCAGCAGCACACUCUGACCCUUCCCACUGUCAGCAGUGUCACAUACGUCCUCCGUUUCUUGGAAAAACUCUGUCACAACCUUCACUGCGAUGCUCUGUUUGGCAGCCAGCCUGUGGCCAGAGGAAGUGUUCACUAUGACAGCCACUCAUACUCUGCAGAGAGGAGAAGUUUUGGAGACACCCUGACUGCGGGCCCAGGCAAAGGCACAAAGCGCUUCCAACAGGACUUCAACGGUCCUCUAACUUCCAAACUAGCUAAACUCCCCAGGCACUCCACUGACGGUGAGAAUAAUGUUUCAGCAUUGGAGCACUUAAAAAAGAUCCCACUUUCCCCAAACUCUCCAAGUCUGACGCCUCGCCUCAGAUCUCCCUCCAAUCUGCUGCAUCAUAACAGCUCUGCAGGCAGUUUUCGGGAGAGCCCCAGACCCAGCGGUCAGGACCCAAAUUUGUGGACUGUCGAGGAAGUCAUGCAGUACAUUCGAGAUAUUGACCCAGUUCUGGCUCCUCACGCUGAUCUCUUCAGAAAACACGAGAUUGAUGGUAAAGCCCUUCUGUUGCUGCGCAGCGACGUAAUGAUGAAAUACAUGGGUCUGAAGCUUGGGCCCGCUCUCAAACUAACCUUCCACAUCGACAAGCUUAAACGAGCUUAAAGAGGCUGAAACCAGCCGCAGCCUCCAAAAGGACUUCCGUCUUACCCCGUCUCCCUUUUCUAGUGUCGGGAUACCAUGCACUUCAUAAAGGAUAUAUACUGAUGUAGCAAUUUUCAUCUGACCAUCGUAUGUCUGGUCUUCAUGUUCUUCUUUUUCCUCAUCUAAUGAGGAAUGUUUUUGUGUAGCACAAUCCAACUCACAGGCAGCACGGUUAUGUACAGUCAUUUGGGUAAAAAUAUCCAUUUCAAUAUAGUCGAGGAAAAUCAAAGUCCAAUCCUUGAUUCAGUAGUUUAUGGAACCAGAGUUGGAAUUAUGUGGUUUUGCUCAUAUGCUAUUUUUUUAAUUUUCAACCUAUUUCAUCAUGUUGCUGUGCAUGAUGGCUAAAUGCCCACAGUUUGGACACAUCUCUGCAAAGUUGUUUUGUUUCAAAUUUAGUGCUGCAAUCUUCCUCUUUAGACAUAAGUUUUCUUCUGGCAACUUUUCCAGAUAAUCUGUAUUUAUUCAGUUAUAUUUUAACUCUAAUAAUUAAUGUGUGACUUAAGGUCUCAGUGUAAAAGGCUGGGUUUCAGAUUGUUUGCAAAAAACCAUUAUAACCUUUAUGAGACUGAUGAACGGCCACAUCAGUUUCUAUGAAGUUAUUUCCGUUUUUUUUUUUUUCAGCUUUAGAUAUUUUUUAUAUUCACUGGUUAUGAUUAAAUCAUAAAGUACAUUUCAUUUUUCAGCUUUCCCUCUUAAAACCUUUGGAAGCAAGGAAGGUGUUCUCAAUUUUGCAGUUGUCUGUAUUGAUAGUCAAGAAAACUUACUCAAUAUUUAAUCAUUUCAGUUUAACUUGAAAUCUCCUGUGACUGUUUUUUAAAAAAAAAAAAAAAAAAGUUUAAGGGUUUUUUAGCCUGUUUCCACAAUGAUACACGUAACCUGUACAUUUUCAUAUUUUGUACUUCUAUAAUGUAUUUUUCAAUAUUAAUUGUUGGGUUAUUUGAAAAAGUCAAAAACCCUAAAAAAAAAAAAAAAAGAGUAGAAACACUACAGGCAUCCCAAUAAUUGGGAAUUUUGCUAUUAGUCUCAGUUUGAGGCACAACUUUUACAUUUACAAGAUUAAUCUUGUUGGAGGGGAAAAAAAUCAUUUUAUGAAAGGAGAAUGAUUAACUUUUAUUCCAGAUUUGCAGUUUUAUUCUCUUUUCUACAUGUUGUUUACAAUGCUGUUAUUUGUACUUUUCUCAUUUUUAUACUUCGUUAGUGCUCCUACGGGACGAGACGCGUCAUACUUAGCAUGUUAAUAAAUUUAUAAUUCCAUUUGUUUUCUGUUUGACCUGCAAUGUCAACAUGAUAUGUAAUUGUCUGUUUAUAUUCUUAAGUUUGUCUCAAAAAUGUUCAGUUAUUUAAAUUAAAGUAUAUGCUCACAUUGA